UACUUUGUAAGAGUCAGGCAGGAAGUUAGUGGUGACGGAAGAAGCUGCCUGCGAACCCACAACAUUAACGACACACGACACAGAGGCUUUGCACGUCCCCACAAUUUCUCGCUGAUUAGGGAGGGCAGUGAUACCAUGUGGAAGUCACAUGAACGACAAGGAUGAGGCAUAAACAACAAAGGGGCAGCUUGAGGAGAGAGACCGCUGCACAGUGUCUGCCAUAGGGAGGUGGGGGGUUUGCUGCUUGUAAAGGCCCUGCACAAGCAGCCCCCUGUGUCCCCCUUUCUUGAACAUAUGCAAUGAACAGCACUACUCAGCCUCCUGCCAUCAUAGAUGGGGAUGUGGCAGUCGGCUAUGUGUUGGUACCGUUUCUCCUCAUCACUAUCCUUGGGAUCGCUGCAGCUGUGGUCAUGUAUAUCCGUAAGAAGAGGAGAAUUGACAGACUCCGUCAUCAGCUGUUACCAGUUUACACAUAUGAUCCUUCAGAGGAACUUAAUGAAGCUGAACAAGAAAUGUUGUGGAGAGAAGAGGACACAAGGAUUGUACAAGGCUGGGCCAGGAGUUAUCAACAGCGACGCCCUCUUCUGACCAAAGACGUCGAUGCAUGAUGGUAGUAAACCCCGGCAUAGAACAUUUUCAGUGUGGAGACAGAAACAGAGAUCCAUCAUUCUAGAAGUCAUGCACAAGACUUUCUUUGUUUUUGUUUUUUUUCUUUGCUACCAUUUGCCGUUAUCUUUGAGUACAUCAGCAACAGUCAGCGUUUUUGUUUUUCCUGGUGUAUGUACAGACAGUGACUUUUCAUUUGUGUGGUUCCGAUGCCAACCCUGUGUGCCUACCAGACGCGGUACCUUAAACUUAUUUAUUUGAAAUUAUUUAUUCCGACUUUUUACUGUGGUAUUUGGUGACGUGACUCAAAGUUAAGAAAGGUAGAUUAUAUCUAAAGAUACAGGUUCCUGUAGGCUUACUCUGUUUACGAUCACAAUGUUGUUGUAUGGGCAACUUGCGGCAAGCAGUUAUGUUCCUGUGGUUGCAGUAGGCGUUUGUACUGACUAUAAUUUAGGGGCUUUGUCCACAGUGUGGUAAAAGGAUGACUGUUCUGCACUAGUUAAAAAUCAUCUCUGCAAGGAUUUGUGAUCAUGGCCUGGAUUGGUUGUUUGCAGUGCUUUUAGAAACAAAUAUGGCUUCUUUGAGGAAAGUUUUGACAUUUGUUUAAAUGAAAAACUGAAACAUCACUUCAAAAAAUAGUUUUAAAUUCAAAGUUUUAUAAUGUUAAAGGUAGAAAUAGUUUGCUUGCUACGUUUCCUUUUCAGUCAAAAGGUUGAACUACCCGUCUUUGGUUUUAAUUUCCUCUCAGAAUUUAACUAGCUGCCCCACAAUGCGGAUCGUUUUGUGGUUUAGCCAAAUCCUAUGACUCUUAUCAAUGGCAUGAAAAGCCAGAUAUGGAAGUAAAUAACACCAACCUCCUCAUCUCCAAAAUGAGUUGUGACUAGUGCCCUAAAUAUGUCCUGUCUACAAGGCAUGGUACCAACACAAAUUUACCUCCAGCUGAAGUCUGUUCAGAUGAAUGCCAUAGGUCUGACUGUAUCAAGCACUCAGGAAACCUCGCUUUCUGGAUAAAUUGUAACCUUUACAGACAUUUAUUUGCCUUGCAUUUGUGAAUGUAAAUUAAAUACUACAGAACUGAGCUGUUAAAACUGUUCUUCAAGAGGAAAAUAUAUUUGUUGUAAAUAUAAAUGUCUUGGACAGAUAGUGUCUAGACUUGAUGUUAUCAGGUAUGACAUCUAGAGGUGUUUGAGAAUGAGCUUUAACAUCUGGACCCCAGAACAUGCUCCAUGGUGCUCCCCACUCAUCUUUACACCCCACUGUUCAUUUUCUAUGCAUUAUCUAAAGACUUUGUUCCUCAAUCAUGACAUUGAGUUGCACUGGUGAAAUGCCUGGCUAACCUCUCAUGAAAAGCUCUGGUUUCAGUUUGACAAGUUGGAAAACUACUGAUGUAAAAAAUGUGAAUUUGGCUGCACUGUUAUAAAAUUUCACCUUCAGGGUGUUGUACUAGUUUGUUGCUUUGAGAGAGAAUUGAUGGGUUGACUUAAACAUUGGACAUGUAAAUAAAGUAAUAUAACUUU